GUUUCGGAAUCGGAAAAGGAGCCGAAGCAACCGUGACGGCGAUAUUUCGCGUAUAUAUACCGCUUCCCCCAAAUCCCCCAUAGUUCCACUCGAUUACCGCCUUCGAUUUCUAAUCCUCUGAAACCCUAGCCUUUGAUCCGCUUCGAUCUCGAAUUCUUUGAGCGCUCUCGUCUUCAAUCAUGGCGUACAGGACGCUGGAGGUCAACCUGAUCUCGGCCAAGGACCUCAAGCAGGUCAAUUUGUUCUCCAAGAUGGAGGUCUACGCGGUGGUGUCGCUCUCCGGCGACCCCCGGUCGCGCCAGCGGACGCCUCCCGAUCGGGAGGGGGGCAGGAACCCCGCCUGGAACUCGACCGUCCGCUUCAACGUCCCUGCCGACAACUAUGAGCGCCAGGUCCUCCAUAUCCUCCUCCGCGCCGAGCGCGCCCUCGGCGACCGCGACGUCGGCGAGGUUCGCAUCCCCCUGUCGGAGCUCCUCGACGCCGCCGCUGGCAACGGGCCCAAGUUCGUCAGCUACCAGGUCCGCAAGUGCACCUCCGGCAAGCCGAAAGGCGUCCUCAACCUCUCCUACAAGGUCCGCGAGAAGAUCGCCGCCACCGCACCGGCUCCGCCGGUGGCCUACCCGCAUCCGGCGGGGGUCCCCAGGUCCAAUCAGCCCGUGACCGCGUAUCCCCCCGCCUCCGCCUACCCACCGCCGGGGAAGGCACCGAAGGCCGACGAACCCGUGAUGGCGUAUCCCGCCGCCGGCACCAGCUCCGCCGCGUACCCACCUUACGGGGCGCAGCCAUACCCGCCCCCGGCCGGAUACCCGGGUUACCAGCCGCCGCCGUACCAGGCGGGGUACGGGUACCCACCGGCGGGGUACGGGUACGGUGCGGCGCAGCCGGUGGUGCAGCCGCCAAAGAAGAAUAAGUUAGGGAUGGGGCUGGGGGCGGGGUUGCUCGGUGGGGCCCUCGGGGGCCUUCUGAUCGGGGAUAUGAUCUCGGAUUCGUCCGCCUACGAUUCCGGCUACGACGCCGGCUUCGAUUCUGGCGGCGGAUUCGAUUUUUAGGCCUUGAUUAAGGAAAAUUUCUCGCUUUCUUUGGUCCCUAAGUUUGGUUAUUAGGUAUUAAUGAGUGUGUUUAGAUCGCGCAGAAGCUGGACCUUUUAGCGUUGUACAUAGAGAUCGGAUCUCUUGCUGUAAUAGCGCUCAAGAAUUAUGUAAUAAAAAUGUUUUAUUUUUCGUUUA